UUGCUCGGCGGAAGAAACACAGAUGGCGGCGGCGCGGCGCCAUUCCGGGCCGGGAGCAGGCAGCCAGCAGCCCUGUCCUCACCGCGGUCCGCCCGCCGCCGCUAAAUACCCGGAUGCGCCGCCCGAGCGCCAGACGCGGAGCUGGGAAAAAGGAGGCAGAAGCAUAGCCAAGCUCCAAGACCAAGCAACAUACCCGCGGAGCUGGGCCACGCAGAGCCGGCCCAAAGAGCCCUCCCGCCACCCCAGCCGGGGAGAAGCAGCGACUCCUCGCCCCCGCAUCCCCGCGAGCCAGACUCCGGACUGGCUCUGUAGUCAGGGGCUCGAGAGCAGAUCCCCAAGGCAGGUUUUGCUCAGCCUCCAACGAGGGCUGGCCUUUUGGAAGGCGUCUUCAACAGCCAGACCAGGGAGACCACCAUGACUGAGAACUCUACAUCUACUCCUGCGGCCAAGCCUAAGCGGUCCAAGGCCUCCAAGAAGUCCAUAGAUCACCCCAAGUAUUCAGACAUGAUCGUGGCUGCCAUCCAGGCUGAGAAGAACCGCGCUGGUUCCUCGCGCCAGUCUAUCCAGAAGUAUAUCAAGAGUCACUACAAGGUGGGUGAGAACGCCGACUCGCAGAUCAAGUUGUCCAUCAAGCGUCUGGUCACCACUGGUGUCCUCAAGCAGACCAAAGGGGUGGGUGCCUCAGGGUCGUUCCGGCUGGCCAAGAGUGAUGAGCCCAAGAAGUCUGUGGCCUUCAAGAAGACCAAGAAGGAAGUGAAGAAGGUGGCCACGCCAAAGAAGGCAGCCAAGCCCAAGAAGGCUGCAGCCUCAAAGGCCCCAAGCAAGAAACCCAAAGCCACCCCAGUCAAGAAGGCCAAGAAGAAGCCGGCUGCCACGCCCAAGAAAACCAAAAAACCCAAGACUGUCAAAGCCAAGCCAGUCAAAGUAUCCAAGCCCAAGAAGGCCAAAUCGGUGAAGCCCAAAGCGAAGUCCAGUGCCAAGAGGGCCGGCAAGAAGAAGUGACAAUGAAGUCUUUUCUUGUGGACACUCCUGUUUUCUGUAAAUACUUUUCUUUUUUUUCCCCCUCUUAAUUCUCAUCUGCAGCCCCCUUUUAUUCUGACUUCAUAAGAGACACAAUUUGGAUUCCUCAGAAGUUACUGAAUAAUUCGUUUUUCCUUAACCUUAAGGACAGCAACAGCAUCUCAUCUCUAAUGAUGAGAAUGUACUUAUACUUUGUUUUGUUAUUAAUCUACUUAUGGAGCUAGGGAUUUGGGUGGGCCUGUGUGUUUUGUUUUGUCCAAUUGUUUUUUACGAAGGUACAUGGGGAAGGAGAGAACAGGCAAGGCGGUUUGUUCUGGCUAGAGGAGAGUGAAACCAGAAAUUGUGAAGUAGGAGGAAUAUCUUUAAAGCCAGAAAGCUUUCUUUAAAUUGGACACCCCUCUGGGUUUCAGAACCUUUGGUGAGAAGAGAGAGUUGGCAGCAGCUAUCCUGAAAAAGGGAGGUAGAAGAAUAAAAACAAGGUCUCCUGGGCUGACUCCCAUCUCCCAGUUGGUGAGCGGGGGUGGGGGUGGGGGGUGUCCAAACUCAGUUUUCUUAUCACUUCUGUUGGUCUGCCCUUGUGGCCUAUUGUCUUGGGGAAGGGGCUAGGGCAGGGUAGGCAAAGUGACAGCUGGUUAGGAGCAGCAGCUUCUCCCGGUCAGCUAGAUACUGGCCAUUGGGGGCUCUUUGUGGCUUGGGCAAAGUCUUGUUAACCAGGAAUGGAAACUUUGGGGGGAGGGUGGGGAGUCUGUCAGCCAAGUGCCUCAGUGUGCCCUGUUGAAACUUGGGUUUUUCCACACAAUCGAUGGAUUGUGUUUGGGAAGACUUCCUUUAGUUUUUUGCUUUUCCCAUACAAGAAACGGGUGGCUUUGCUUGGUCUGGUGAGGCUCCAGUCCCACCAAUAGCCACUUAAACCCUUUUUACUUCGGAGUCUUUUAUAAGUAGUUGUAGCUGGGGAGGGGGAGUGGGAAGGGAGUGGACAGCAAGAUACUGCAGUCGAUUUUGAAUUUGCUAAGUAGUUUUACUGAGCUAGGUCCGUGAGUGUGUAUGCACUCACAUAUAUAUACGCAUAUCUAGGGCUAGUACUUAACGUUUCACGCCCAGGAGCUGUAAGAAAAAACCUGUACAGUUGUCUCUUAAUUUUAAAAGGAAGAUCGUGCCCCACCCCCCCUUUUUUUUAAAUAAGUGUUAUUUGUGCCGGCAAAGUUUUGCUGUCUUUGUAAUUUUAAAACUUUAAAAAUAAAAUUGGAAAAGGAAGAAGCCUGACUGGUGUAUUUUUCCUC